UGGUGAUCUCGAUCAUGAGUUUUUCCGCCUAAAUUCUUCUUACAACUAGAUUGGGAUCAUGAUUGAAGAAUCCUACAAGCUAUAAUACAGGUCUUGGCUUGGCCUCUCUUCAUUGACAAGAAGGAUGUAUAGUAUCUGGCCAUGAACCUCCCUUUAGGACUUCAUCAAAUUGAAAACUUGAAUGGAUCAAAUUUUAAGCGAUGGAAGCAAGACAUAGAGCUGCAUCUAGGCAUGAUAGAUUAUGACCAUGUCCUUAAGGAAGACCCACCAGCUGAACCAACACCUACUACCAGCAAGGAUGUGAAAGAUAGGUACCAUCAGUGGCACAAACACAACAGAUUAACCCUAGUAAUCUUGAAGAAAUUUAUGACAGAAGCUGUGAGAGGCAGUAUACCCGAGUCUGAAUAUGCUGGGGAAUAUUUCAAAAAUGUAGAGGAGAAAUUUAAGGUGUCAGAUAAGGCUGAGAUUGGAAACCUGAUGAACACCCUCAUUACCAUGAAAUUCGAUGGAGUUGGAAGUGUCAGAGAGUAUAUAAUGAAGGGUAUUGAUGUAGCAGCAAAACUCAAGGCCCUUAAUCUUAACAUAGAAGAAACCUUCCUGGUACAUUUGCUUUUGAAUUCUCUGCCUCAACAAUAUAGUCAGAUGCAGUCUAACUAUAAUACACAGAAGGAGAAGUGGACUAUGAAUGAAUUAAUUUCUAUAUGUGUUCAAGAAGAGGAUAGAAUUAAGAAGGGAAAGAGCAUGGGAAUCAACUUUGUCAGCAAGCCUCAUUUUAAGAAAAAGUUCAGCAGCAAAUCAAACCAAUCAGGUGCCUCAUCUUCUAAAGUUUCUCAGGGAACUUCUCAGGGGUCUAGCAACUUUAAAAACUUUAAGAAUGGUUCUGUGAAAUAUUUUUCUGCCGAAAGCCUGGACAUGUCAAAAAGGAUUGCAAGGGUUUUAAGGACUGGCUUAUAAAGAAAGGGAUAUCUAAGAAAGAGGAUCCCAAACAAGGAUGAAGGUAGGAUUAGCUCGGGGAAUGGCAACAGGGUAGCAGUUAAAGCAAUUGGAGUAGUUCGAUUAGUCUUUCCUAGUGGUUUUACCUUAGAUUUAAAUAAUGUAUACUGCAUACCUUCUAUGCAGAGAAAUCUAGUGUCAGGAUCUCUUUUUGUCAAAACACAUGGUUUUUCUUUUGUUGGAAAUAAUAAGGGAUUGGAUUUUUUCAAAUUUUCUGAUUUCAUUGGUAAUGCAUCUCUUGUUGAUGGUUAUUGGCAUUUAAAUUGU